UUUCACUUAUACGAUUCAAAUUCGUAACUCCCCACUGCCAACCUAUAGAGAACUACCUCAAUUAUGUUUUCAUUUAACUGAACAGUUUUGUAUAAAGCUCACAUUUAAAGAUGUGUAGCCCAUUGCUUCUUGUGUUUCUGUAGUCUUACUACUUACAUCACUGAGGUCACAUUCAUUUUUCAAAGAAGAUUAAAGUACGUAUAGAUUCGUUUGACUUUUAACAACUUCUAGGGGGGGGGGGAACUUCUACUUUAAUUCAUCUCAUAUUAACUGUGCAAUAUAUACAUAUUUUUUUGCUCUUGCAUUGUUGGCCCCCCCAAACAGACUUGAGGAGAGUGACGUCACUGCUGAGUGGACAUGUCCACACUGUCUCUUUAAUUUCAGCUCAGUCCAGGGGGCACGGUCGUGGGCUCUUCUCUCCUCCUCCUCGAGUCGGAGCGUUUGCAGCAGCAGCAGCAGCAGCAGAUUGAAUGAAGUGUCUCUGAAGGCUGCUUGGACGCCGUGCUGGCCUGUUCGAGAUGGAACAGCCAGAAUGCACCUUUGUGUUUCUCAGUAGGUAACGGCAGGGCGGGUAGGUGCCUCGCCACGUUUCUCUAGUUGUCCCAUUUCUUUUUUCUGGGGGGGGUUCUUUUUCUUCUCCCAGCAGCCGCAGGGCCUCGAGGAGCCAAUCUCCGCCUCGAUCGUAUCUGGACAGCGGCGCGCAGCUCGGGCCACUGGCAGCGCCGCUGCGCGCACGAUAAAGAACUUGGAGGAGAGGCAGAGGGGGGGCAGAAAGGGAAACAGUCAAGAUGGCAGCUGUGCACGGAGAGAUAAAGCUGAUGUGCUGGCUACUGGAUUUCAUUUUCCCCGUGGCUCGUCGCACGUCGCCGGGUCGCGGCGCAGGACGCGCGCGCUUGUGAAGGAACGUCGACGUCCACCUCUGCUCCAACACUCCCCCUGCGCUGACUUCCUAUCGCCAGGCUCCACAUUCCUUUUCUUUUUGUGUGCGUGUGUGUGAGAACAUUGCCAUGCACGUCGGUCAGGGUGUGGGCUGUGCACGAGAAUAAGGCAAUGUUUCGUUAAUGCUGCUGCGGAUAACGAGGCGCCUCGCAGGAGGAGAGGGACGGGUCGACGGACACGUGCCGGGCUGCGGUGCCGGACGUGCUGCAGGUCGCGCGUGGUGAAUUGAACCGUCCCCCGCGUCCUGCACACAACAUUGAUGGAAUGCGAGCCGAGUGAUUCUGCAACUCCCUUUGUGCGACGAGCGACACACCGCGAUUGAACAUGGCCGAGGCGCCGCGCGUCGGCGGCGGCGACGAGCCGCCCCUCAACGUGGAGAUCGAUCCGGAUUUCGAGCCCCAGAAGCGGCCGCGGUCCUGCACCUGGCCCCUGCCCCGGCCGGAGUCCGGCGCGGGCAAGCCCGGGGCCAACGACACUGACGUAAUCCCCGAGGAGGAGGACGACGACGGGGACGGCGGCACGGGGAGCGCCUCCGCCGCCGCCGCCGCGCCGACGGCCGGCGGAGGCGGCGUCGAGCCCCGCGAGACGGGCAGCCGCAGCGCCACCUCGCAGCCCGUGGAGGUGCGGCGCGGCCCCCGCAGGGAGGAGGCGGCCGACGGCUCGCCCUCCUCCGCGCAGACCCCCGCCGCGGCUCUGGGCGGCUCCGCGUCCCAGCAGCUGAGGAAGUCGUCCGCCCGCCGGAACGCCUGGGGCAACUACUCCUAUGCAGACCUCAUCACCCAGGCCAUCGAGAGCUCCCCGGAGAGCCGGCUGACCUUGUCCCAGAUCUACGACUGGAUGGUGAGGUCCGUGCCGUACUUCAAGGACAAGGGCGACAGCAACAGCUCCGCCGGCUGGAAGAAUUCCAUCCGACACAAUCUGUCCCUCCACAGUCGUUUUGUCAAAGUCCAGAAUGAAGGAACAGGGAAGAGUUCCUGGUGGAUGGUCAACCCAGAAGGUGGGAAAGGAGGCAAGGCUCCUCGACGACGGGCCGUAUCGAUGGAUAACAGCAAGUACAUCAAAGGAGCCCGAGGACGCGCCACCAAGAAGAAAGCCUCACUGCAGGCCGCUCAAGAUGGCAGCUCGGAGAGCUCCUCUAGCCUCUCCAAAUGGACAGGAAGUCCCACUUCCCGCAGCAGUGACGAGCUAGACGCCUGGACAGACUUCCGCUCCCGGACAAAUUCUAAUGCCAGCACGCUCAGCGGUCGUCUGUCCCCGAUCCUGGCCAACCUGGAGCUGGACGAGGUGCCUGACGAUGACUCUCCCCUCUCCCCGAUGCUGUACUCCAGUCCCAGCAGCAUGUCCCCAUCCACGGGGCCCACAGGGCUCUCUGACCUGGCUGGUACCAUGAACCUCAACGAUGGACUCUCCGACAACCCGAUGGACGACCUUUUGGACAAUAUCAGCCUGACAGCAUCCCAGCAGCCUCCUCCUGGAGAGGAAGACAAUGGAGCAGAUGACCAGGGGAGCUCACUGUUUACCUUCAGCUGCUCAGGAAGCAGUCUGGCCAGCCCCUCUGGCAGCUAUGCGCCAAACCCUCUUUUCAGUCCACCGUCCAUCACGAGCCUGCGACAGUCACCCAUGCAGACCAUUCAGGAGAACAAGCAGACCACCUUCUCCUGCAUCUCGCACUUUGGCGACCAUCAGACCCUGCAGGACCUGCUCAGUCUGGACUCCCCCAGCCACAGCAACGUCAUGCUCACGCAGUCCGACCCGCUGAUGUCGCAGGCCAGCACCGCCAUCGCCCUGCAGAACUCGCGUCGCAAUGCCAUGCUGCUGCGCAAAGACCACAUGCUGGUGAACCACACCAGCGCAGGUCAGGCUCAAAGCUCUUCAGUGCCUGGUUGGCAAGCUGGCUUGUCAACCUCUGACAACGAUGCCAGUCACCCGGACGCCAAGCAGCCACACCUGAAGUCACCCAGCAAGAACGCCUCUAUGCAGCUCGGCUCCGGUUUGCCCGGCCAGGACCGCUUUCCUGCCGACCUGGACCUCGACGUGUUCAAUGGCAGCUUGGAGUGUGACAUGGACUCCAUCAUCCGCAAUGAACUGAUGGAUGCAGAUUGCCUGGACCUCAGCUUCGACUCUUGCCUCACCUCUGCCCAGAACGCCAACAGGAAUUCAGGAAGCUUUUCCAGCUCAAAACAGACUUCCCCUCAAAGCUGGGUCCCAAGCUGAGCAGCUCUGUCAGAGCUCAGCAUGAUUAAAAAAAAAGAAAUGGGGGAAAAUGUAAAUUGGGUUUCAUUGUCCUGCAUUGUGCACCUAGAGGGAAAGAAAUAUGUAAAAGUGUAUUCAUGUAGUGGUUUUUUCCAAUUGUUUUUAACGUGAGGCAUUCAGUUCGAUACUGUAUUUUAAGUGUCUGAGACACACAAUGGUGUCUUCACAGUGGAGAGAAGAAAAAUCUUUAAAAAGAUCAAUACCUGAGUGUUGUGAACAACAGUACUGACUGGAAAAUACAGAACAUUUUGUUAAAACUAUAUGAAAAGCAUCAACUCGUGUUAGUCUCAGGGAACCACUCGUAUCACAAAGUGAUACAUGAAACUGAAGAUGAAUUUCACCCUGCGUUCUGCUCUUUCACGCCCUUUCAUUCCUAAACCAACAUUUUUGCCAAACCAGCCGUCUGCCUGCUGUUGGGCGACGGCCUGUUUACAGAAAAAAAGCUGCAGAGAAUGUUACAUUAUUACGUUCCAGUGGAGGAUACUUGAUGAGCUUUUUAGUUGUUGUUUUUUUUUUUUAAGUUUCUGUGAGAAACGUAGCCUAAAUGGACUAAAAACAUUUAAAACAAAUGCAAAUGAUAAGCAUCCCCCAAUUGAUGCAUCGAGUUGUGCACCAAAUAUCAAUCUGUAGAGGUUAAUAUGUUAUCAAGAUGUGAACUGAUCUACAUUGUGUGGUUAUCGUACGUAAUGUUUGACUUUUAUUUAGCAAACUUUACCCUGUGAGUUUAGUGACAUAACUGUGAAUUCCGUUUCCUUCUGAAGAGGCCCAUUACUGAAGUCUUGACAAUAUGGUGUUUCUGCUGCGGAUUCCCUUUUCACCAUCUCCCCCACCCACUCGUCCUCCUCUUCCUCCUCUUCCACUCACUGCAAUAUUGGAAGUAUUGUCCAUAUAGCGUUUAGGACGGAGUCAAGGACCCGAUUUAGCUCUAGAUGAAACCAUUUACAAUAACCGACGCUUAGGACUCUCUGGAUUAGAACAACCACACCCGGAGACUCCGCAGCACCCGACUACAAUAUAUUGGUGUUCAGUUGAGUUCUUGGUGCUAUAAAUGAGAAGAUAGCAGGGAGCGGCUGCCGAUGGAGUGUCAAUAGUAGCCUCCUCUUUGUUAUCAGCACUACAGCAGGUGCUGGGGAGAAUAGGCUGUGGUCAAAUAGUCUUUUUCUUUUGGCUUUGUGAGGUUCCUAGCGGAGUGAAAUGACCUGGAAGUUUCCAAGUGGCAGCCGUGAUGAGGUCGAUUUCUCUAAAUGCUAAGAAAAGAUGCUCUGGUGCUUCCUUUCUUAUCUCGUUUAGCUUAGGGUUCACUGGACCAUCCUUUUUACAAAAGGAAAGGAGAUAAUUCAAUAUCUAUUGACCCGUGUCAAUAACAGCCGCUGUCACGUAAUUACAUCGCCCGGUGUAGGUGAAGUCAGAUUCUCUGAGCACCGCAGUUGUCUUUUCUUAAUGGAUUCUGCUUCACGUCUUUCCUUGACCCCGUGACGUCUCCUAUUAGGAAAGAUCACGGGAUAUGAUUUGUAUUCUGAAGAUUCGACCACGGCCAUAGUGUUUGCAACUCUGUGAAGAGGAAGGUUGUGUAGUAUCUUAGAGCCAUUUUUGCCAUUUUAGACAGAAAGAACCACAGUAUUUUAAAUAUUGCCAAAAUAUUUCUGCGUUUUACAUAUGCGGGAAUAAGAGGAUAUACAGUGUAUGAAUAUUAGGAGCCAGUGCUACAGCAUCAACAUCAGCACAGUUUUUUGUAGGAACAGCAGGAUGAAUUUCUUGAGAUUUCUGUAUUGUGUGAAUUUGUCGCCUUGCUUAAAUUUGACUUGUUAAUUUUAAGGAGACAUACAUAUUUGCUUUAUUUAUUCAAGUCUGUCUUAUUGUGGCUCUGCAUGUUUCGCCCCAUGCAUAGUGGGUGAGAACUGUACGAAAGCACUUUUUGUUUUAACGAUCUGGCCUACAUUUUUUUUGCCCAACUCAGUUGGGUAAUCACCAGGGCAGAGGACGAACGAAUCAAUGAAAUUGUGUCCUCGGUUGGAUUUAUUGAGAAUAUCUUCAUGUUGCACUCUUACUGACAUUAAUGUGACAGAAAUAUUUAACCCCUUUGGCAAAAUCUUUGAUUUGACAAACAUUUAAUUUGCACAAAUGUGCUUAAAAAACCCCUCUUUCUUUUUGUAGCUUCACAUGGAGGAUUUCAGUUCAUACAAAAUACUGACUUGAAGUUUAUUAUUUAAUUUUUUCCCCCCAUUAAUUAAUUUUGAGUAACACUCACUGCCAAUAUCCAUUCUCCAUUACUUCCUUUUGCUCCUACAAAAGAACAACAACAAAAAAAAACAAUUCAUCAAGCUGAGAUUGCCGGCUGUAAUUCCAAUUCUUAUCUUGGCUGUAACAGAGAUGGUGCAUGUAAAUAAAGCUUAAAGAACCACUGAA